GUGUGUGUGCGUGCGUGAGAGACUGGUCCUGCCCGGUGUGUCCAGCAGCUUCGUCCUAGUGAAGCUGAAACCUGACAGUGAGUGUGUGGGUCUAUUUUUGGGUCAGUGACUGUGUCAGUGACUGUGUCAGUGACUGUGUCAGUGACUGUGUGUCAAUGGCUGCAGAUGCAUCAGAACGGAAAGCUCUGAGAUACAAGCAGACCCUGCUCUAUGGCGAGUACCAGGAACAGCAGGGAGGCUCGGGUCGACGUGAGGCCACCCGUCUGCUGACAGAGAGACAGAUCAAGAAGCACCAUCCUCGCUGUCACGCCCGAAACCGCCACGGACACGGCCGCCGUGGACAAAAUGGAUACCAGGCUCGCCACGGACCGCGGCCCGGUUCCCAGGGUCGGCAGAGGAACAGGCGUCCGUCCUACGUGGACAUGGAGGACAACAAGGAGCAAACCACAGAGACGGACUUUAACUCCGUCAGGAAGAAACCUCAGUCGUCCUCCAGGUGUAGAUACUGUGUGGUCAGAGUGCAGCGGUUCCUGGUCAACAGGUUGGGUGAAGACUGGAUCUUCCUGGUUCUGCUGGGCGUCACCAUGGCCCUGGUCAGCUGGACCAUGGACUACACCAGCGCCAAGAGUCUUCAGGCCGAUAAGUGGAUCCACGGGGAGCUGAGGGGGAACCUGGCCCUGCAGUACCUGGCCUGGGUUUCCUAUCCUCUGAUCUUCAUCCUCUUCUCCUCCCUCUUUUGUCACCUGGUUUCUCCUCAAGCCAUUGGCUCGGGGAUCCCAGAGUUGAAGACCAUCCUCCGAGGUGUUGUGCUGAAGGAGUAUCUGACUCUCAAGGCGUUUGUUGCCAAAGUCAUUGGUCUGACGGCGGCGCUGGGCAGCGGCAUGCCUGUGGGCAAAGAGGGUCCGUUUGUCCACAUCGCCAGUAUCUGUGCUGCUGUUCUCAGCAGGUUCAUGUCCUUCUUCUCAGGAGUUUAUCAGAAUCCAUACUGUUACACAGACAUCCUAACAGUAGGCUGCGCUGUUGGGGUGGGCUGCUGCUUUGGGACACCACUGGGAGGUGUCCUCUUCAGCAUCGAGGUCACGUCCACCUACUUCGCAGUGAGAAACUACUGGAGAGGAUACUUCGCAGCUACGUUCAGUGCCUUCAUCUUCAGAGUCUUGUCAGUGUUCAACAAAGACGCAGUCACCAUCACUGCUCUGUUCAGGACAAACUUUCGUAUGGACUUCCCCUUCGACCUCCAGGAGCUGCCGGCGUUCGCCAUCAUCGGGAUUUCGUGUGGAUUUCUUGGAGCGUUCUUUGUUUAUCUCAACAGACACGUGGUUCUGUUCAUGAGACACCAGAACUCCAUGACCCGCUUCUUGACCAAACAUCGUCUCCUGUUUCCUGCUGCGGUGACCCUGGUCAUCGCCUCCUUGACCUUUCCUCCAGGGUUUGGACAGUUCAUGGCAGGAGAGCUCAUGCCCAGAGAGUGCAUCAACUCCUUGUUUGACAACUUCACCUGGACCAAGAUCUCAGCUUCUUCUCCACCUGUGGGUCUGGGUCGCUCCUCAGCCUGGCUCCACCCUGACACCAGCGUCUUCAUCAUCCUGCUGCUCUUCUUCAUCAUGAAGUUCUGGAUGUCAGCCGUAGCCACCACCAUGCCUGUUCCCUCUGGAGCCUUCAUGCCUGUCUUCAUCCUCGGGGCAGCGUUUGGGCGUCUGGUGGGUGAGAUCAUGGCCACGCUGUUCCCUCACGGCAUUGUGUUUGAUGGUAUCUUGUACCGCAUCAUUCCUGGAGGCUACGCUGUCAUUGGAGCGGCAGCAUUGACUGGUGCAGUGACUCACACAGUCUCCACGGCAGUGAUCUGCUUUGAGCUGACUGGUCAGAUCUCCCACAUCCUGCCUAUGAUGGUGGCCGUCAUCCUGGCCAACAUGGUGGCUCAGGGUCUUCAGCCGUCCCUCUAUGACUCCAUCAUCCAGGUCAAGAAGCUUCCGUACCUGCCGGAGCUGGGCUUCGGACACAUGAGCCAGUACAACAUCUUUGUUGGUGACAUCAUGGUGAGGAAGGUGAGCUUUAUAUCGUCUCAGUCCACCUACGGAGAAGUCAAGCUGCUGUUGGACUCUUCCUCACUCAAGACCAUCCCCGUGGUGGACUCCAGAGAGUCUAUGAUCCUGCUGGGCAGCGUCGACAGGGUGGAGCUGCUGGCUCUCUGUGAUUGGUGGUUGUCCCCAGAGCGGAGGCUCCUCAUGCAGGAGCAGAACCAGAACCAGAACCAGAACCACAGCAGAGGAGGAUUUGCCUUCGUGGAUGAGGGAGAGGUGGAGGGGGAGGAGGAGGAGGAAGAGGAGGAAACGGUGAAGGAGGAGAGGAAUGGACCUCUGCAUGUCCCUAAAGCCCAGGAGACAUUGUCCAUGUCCACACGUCCCCAUCCUGAUAAAAGUCCACUGCAGUCUGUGAGAAGGACAAUCAGGAACCUGUUGACUUCAGUCCACAGACCACCGGACGGACACACACAGGAGCAGGUUCCUCCUCCUCUGUUAGACACCAUGACUCCAGAAGAGAUCAAAGCCUGGGAAGAGGUAGAGACGGACAAAGCCAUGGAGAUCGAUGAGAUACGCAUUGACCCUUCACCUUUCCAGCUGGUGGAGAGAACGUCUUUACACAAGACCCACACUCUCUUCUCACUGCUGGGACUCAGUCAUGCAUACGUGACCAGUAUUGGAAAACUGGUGGGUGUGGUGGCGCUGAAGGAGCUCCAGAAAGCGAUUGAAGGCUCCACACGCUCGGGCGUCCGGCUACGCCCCCCUCUGGCCAGUUUCCGUGACAGCAGCAAACACAAGUCUGUUUCCAAACCUCCUUCUUCUCCCACCGCUCCUCCCUCUCCUGCGUCAGCUUCUGCUGUUCUUCAGCCUCUUCCUCCCACAUUUCCCCCCUCCUCUUCACCUCCUCAACACCCUCCUGAUGAGAAUGAGACGGAGGUGUGGAUGGAGGAGGUGGCCACUGAGGUGGAGCAGAGGAGCAACAGUGACAGUGUUUGCAGUGACUCAAACUGUGGAAGCUGCAGUUGUAACAGUAACUUCACCCUCCCUCCUUCCUCCACACCUCCUCCAGUGCCCUCUUCCUGCACUCCUCCUCCUUCUCCUUCUUGCUCCUCUAUUCCUCUGUCCACCCUCAGACUUGUUCAGGGACUCCUGCAGGAGGAGGAGGAGGAGGAGGACAGUGAGGAUGAGCCCAUGGUUUAGUUUACUAUCAAUGGUUUGGUCUCCGUUGUUCUUGUUCUAGAAGGUUCUUGUGGUUCGUGUCUCUUUGGACUCCUUCACCUCCUCCUGCUAUCAGACAUCUUCACCUCCUCCUCCUCCUUCACCUCCUCCUCCAUGCAGAUGUUCUUAAACGUCUCACUGUGGAGACGGAUGGUAGCAGCAGUUAACUAAGUUAGCUUCAGCCUAACUAACCCAGCGGUGCUGCAGUCUGCCCAAGUUCUCACCAUCUUCUCCAGAACCAUGUUGGUGACUCAGGACCUUCUUCACCUUCUCUCCCCUGACGCUCCUUCAUCUGCUCCUCCAUCUGCUCCUCUGGACUCAGGUUCUCAGGUCUUUCCAGAAGUCUUUAAAGCAACAGAAGUCUUUUUGUUCUGCUUGAGUUCAGUCAACUGUGAGUUUCUUCUGUUUCUGCUCGUUUCUGUUCCUCAGACCAGUCUCUACAAACUGUGACGAAUGAAGCCAAAUAAAAAUGAAAAGAUCCUCACUUUGGUUUUUAAUUCUAACCCAGGGAAGAAUCCUUAUGAGACAGAAGCGUUGAUAGAGGCAGGAGCAGGAGGAGAGCAGGAGGAGAGCUGUGUUCAAGUAGCUCCCACGGAGCUCCUGGAGCUGACCAUGACCUUCAUGUCGGUGCUCCUCUGUAGGUUGUAGUCUGUCAAACAGUAAUGAGGAGCUUGAUCCUUGGACAGUGAAUGCCUCACUGGAUUGACUUGGCU